AACAAUCAAGAAACUAGCUAAAAGCCAAAAAUAAUUAAAUAAGAUUAAAGUUAAUUAUUAUAAUAUAAUAUAAUUAUUAGAAAUGGCAUCAAUUGCAUGUUUUUUGGAUCACCAUACAGCAGCAAUAAGAACUUGUUCAUCUUCUUCUUCGACUACUCGGCGCUACGCGCCACCAGUGAAGCCGAGCCAGCUGGUCUGCCGAUCAGUACAGAAGCAGGCGGCGGCUGAUGGUGGCUCAGCCGCCGUCGUUUCCCGGAGGUUGGCUACCAUUGUCCUGAUCGGCGCGGCUGCUGUUGGCUCAAAGGUUUCACCUGCUGAUGCUGCUUAUGGAGAAUCUGCAAACAUAUUUGGGAAGCCAAAAACAAACACAGAUUUCAAGCCAUACAUUGGAGAUGGAUUUAAGGUAUCUAUCCCUUCGAAAUGGAACCCUAGCAAAGAACGGGAAUUCCCCGGUCAAGUUCUCCGGUACGAGGAUAAUUUCAACGCCACGAGCAAUCUCUCCGUAAUGAUUACUCCCACCGACAAAAAAUCCAUCACCGACUAUGGUUCCCCUGAAGACUUCCUCUCUCAAGUGGACUAUCUACUAGGGAAACAAUCCUACUUUGGCAAAACUGACUCAGAGGGUGGAUUUGAUUCGGGUGCAACUGCGAACAUAUUGGAGACAUCAACUCCGGUGGUUGAGGGUAAGCAAUACUACUUCCUGUCGGUGCUGACGAGGACUGCCGACGGAGAUGAAGGCGGCAAACACCAACUCAUCACCGCCACCGUCAAAGACGGUAAGCUCUACAUCUGCAAAGCUCAAGCCGGAGACAAGAGAUGGUUUAAAGGUGCUAAGAAGUUCGUCGAAAGUGCAAUUACUUCUUUCAGUGUUGCUUAACAACAACAUUCCAUACAAGAAAAAAUCGAGCUUAAUUGAGUUUUGUUUUCGUAAACCGAUAUUCGACGUUUCACAUUAAUUCUCGUUUUCGAUGUUGGCUUAUAAGAAUCAAAAGUACUCUAAGAAGAAAUAGGAUAUGAGGAUUUAUUUUUUGUUUCUGA